CAGCAUGUAGGAUCUUCCCGGACCAGGGAUCUAACCCGUGUCCCCUGCAUUGCAGACGGAUUCUUAACCACCGCGCCACCAGGGUAGCCCCCAGUGGCAGCUUUUAGCAGUGUUCCCGCACUGGAAGGGGCAUCCACACCGGCUGCACCAUGGCUGGGACUGAGGCCUGUGGUCUAAGUUAAGGAUGGCCGUGCCCCUGGAGGUUCUGGAAGGCUCUGUUUUCCAGCUCUUCCCCCACCCCACAAUCAGGAAGGAAAGGAGGGGGCAGCCUAGGCGUGGAAGCGGCGUGUUCCCUGCAAGGGCUGGACUGGCCUCUCCCACGAUGGGUAUCAGGGCUCCCUGGGGAGGGCUGUGCCGGGCAGCGAGCCCGAAUUGGGGUGGGGAGGGCAGCAGAGAUGCAGGAGGGAGCCCUGGCCACCUUCCCCCACCUUCUGAAGUGACCUGGGUCUCGCAGAGCCAGACUGCCGACCCCCCCGAACCAGCCUUGGUGCUGCUUCCUCCUAAAGUUUGCUGGGGUGGCCUGGCCUUCUGGAGGUUGGGGGUCAGGGACUCUCAGAAGGGAAAUCACAGUGGAUUCCACACCCCACAUCUUGGUGCAGCCCAGGUCUCCAUCCCCCGCUCUCUCUGGCCACUGGUACCCUGGAGGUGAGGCCUGGCAGUCCAGCCAGGGGAAGGGGUUGGCUCUCAGAGAGCUGGGUUAAUAUUUGUUGACUGACUAACUGAUUGACUAAGUUUGAAUGCCCCAGCCCGACAAGUGCUGGGGCGUGUCCUGCUGGGCGGGAACAGGGAUUCAGUUACAGUGUUGGGGAGGGCAAUGGGCAGAGCCUGGCCCCGAGCCAGGCCCAGCACUGCCCACAGGCAGGGUGAAGGAACGAGCAGUUUCCAGCAGGUAGGCCGGGCAGGGAGGAGACUGGGGGGCCAGGGUGGGGAGGGCCGCCCCAAAUGGGGUGUACCACAUCGGGUCACUGGGCUCGGGGCUGCCGAGGGGCCGGCAGAACUGGGAAGGCAGCGAGCAGCCCAGCAGGUGAGGACACUGGUGGAGGCAGGGAGACUGCGACCAGAGCGAUCCUCAGGGGCAGGAAAGUGUCAGAUUUUCUAUGGGGUGGGGGGCGUGUCUGUCUCCCAGAGUCCAUACACCUGGGGCCGGGGCCCUGUCCCUCCCUCCCACUCCAGCAGGCAGUGCCUCCCACCCCCUUCCUGGAAGUCGGGCAAAGUGACCUCAGGGUCCGCCCCUUCGCAGGAUCCUCAGGAGGCGGAAGUUACACACCUAGGGGAGAAAAAGGGGCACCAGAGGAGGGAGGAGGCUCUGGGUAGAGGGAGGGGCGGGGGGUGUGGAAGGAGGGGGCUCCGAGGGAGAGAAAGGGGCCCCUGGGUGGGAGGAGAACCCGGGGAAGGGAAAAGGAGGCCAGGGGAGAGAGAGUGCUUUGGGGAAGGAAAGGGGUGUGAGAGGGCAGCUCCAGGGGAAAGAAUGGGGCAUCUGGAGGAGGAAGGGAGCACAGAAAGGGUGGAGGGGCAGUCAGGAGAGAAGGGGGCACUGGGGAGAGGGAGGAUGCAUGGGGGGAGGAAAAGAGCACCCAGAAAAGGAGGGGGCACCGGGACAGAAGGGCACGUCAGAGGAGGAACUGGACAUCUGGGAGAGGAAGGGGGCCAUGGCUGGAGGGAGUGAGCCCCCAGGGAAGAGAAGGGAGCUUCCAGUAGGAGGAGAGGAUACCUGGUAGAGGGUCCCCACUCGGGGUGGGUGAUGGAAGGGGAAGAGGGGACACCCUCGGGUGGGAAAGCCUGGUGGGUCAGAAGGGGCACUCUGGGGAGGGCAGGGGCCUCCUGAGGGAGAAGGGACUGCCUGGAGGAAAGAAGAGGGUGCUGGGGAGAUAGGGCCCCCACCCUUUGAGCAUCCCUUCUCCAUCCCCCCAGAAUCCAGUUGGAAGACAGGUUACAUGGGAUGAGGCCUCAGGCCCUGGGAGCCUGAGAGUUUGGCUCUGCAGGCUGGCACUGGAUAUGCGGGCCCCCUCCAAGCUCCCUGGGGAUGAUGCUGUCCCCACCCCGUGCAACCAGCCCAGUCCCAACUUCCUGGCCGCAGUCUGACUUCCCUGCCCCACAGGGAGCCCUGGUGACCCCUGUGCUGAGCCAACCAAUCUUCCUGUCACUCUCACUAUUUCACAGUUACAGCUCCUAGUCUGUACCUCUGGUCACUGCCUGCCUGUGCCCUGGUGGUUGUCACUAAUCACUGCUUCUGCCCGUCACCGCCGAAUGUCACUACCCCUGUCACUUGAUGUCACCACGUGUUUCCUGUUGAUUGAAACCACCGUUACAUGGUCACCGUGUCUGCCUGUCACUCAUGUCACUGUCACAGCAACAGGCCAUCACUGCGACAGCAGUUCUGGGGGCAGUUAGAGCACGUGGUGACUCCCUUCUCUGUCCGCUUUCACUCCUGCAGUCAUGGGCUGAGAACCUGCCAGGUGUCAGGCAGCAGGAGCCGGCAGUAAACCAGGAGGACAAGCCCCUGGCCCCAGAAUCCAAUGCUCUAGUGAGGGAGGCCAGGCCGUCAGCACACAGGGUCUCCAGUACAGGUUCGGGGGGCGGCUCUAGCCCCGGCAGGAACCCCCUCUGCCCGCCCUGUUCUGGGCAGCUCCCUCUUCCACCCCACCUCACCCCACAUCCAUGGCCAUCUUGGCCCUCUUUGAGAGGGCUGGGUGUUUCCCACUGUGAGCUCACCAGGGCCUGGGCCCAGCCUGGACAAAGACGUAAGGAAGCUGGGCCACUCGGUGCCACCUGUCACGCUCUGCCUCUGAUUCUGUAACUCUGUAUCUCCCCUCCCACUUCAUUUCCCCUGAUCAUGCAGGGUCAAGGUUGUUCCUCCUGCUGAUAUAGCACGGCUAGAGUGGAGUGGAGAGGGGAGGGGAGAGGAGUGAACACCACGCCAGGGCCACUAGGAGUGAGAAAUUCAGAAAGAAGGGACUUCUGGGUCUAUUGGGCAAAGCAGCAGCAAGAAGGAGAAGUUGCAGCUGGCAGGAUUUAGUUUACACGUCGAAAGAAUUUCCACGGAUGAAGGAAUGACCAAACCUCAUGCAGAGGUUUCUGAAGGAGGGAUGCAGGGAAGCCCGGGGUCGUUGAGAGUCACCUGCCGACAUGAAACAAAAUCCAGAGCCCCCUUCUUCCCCAGAUCCCUCUCAUUCCACGCUUCUCUCUCCUGUGCACACUCAGAACCACAGAGCACGGCAAAGUUUCUGUUUGCAGAGCCAGUGGCUGUUUGCAGUCUGUGUGUAUUAAGCAUUCAGCUGUGUUUCAAGAAUUUGAGAAUGUUUUGGUCUGAUCUAUGCAAACUGCUCAUGUCAGCUAAGCCUGUCACUUGCUGCAGAGUCUGUCAUCUUCAGAGACAGUCCGUGUGUGCAGAGUCUGUCCUGGGUUUGCAGAACAUGUGUCUGAUCUGCAGAGCUUCUUUCUGUCCUGAGCCUGUUUUGAGAGUGUCUUUUUUCAGAACCUGGGUCUUUUUAAACAGUCUGUCCCUCUUUCUUCAUGGAUAAGAUAUGCUUUUAUUGCAGAAGCGGCCCUGAACGCAAGCCUAUCCCUGUCUCUGGAGCUUGUCCCGCGGCCUUGGCUGGGACAUCUCUUUCUGCCUAAAGACACCGUCCCUGUCUAUAAAGCAUUGUCUGUUUACAGUUCCUGGCCCUGUCAGCAGAACCUGUUUCCUCUGCAGGGAGUAUCUCUGUCUCUAGACUCUGUCCCUAUUCAUAGAGUCUUUUCCUAUUUCAGAGCCUAUUCUGUCUGCAGAACCUGAGCCCUCUUUGUACAGUCUGUGACAUUUUUCAGGGCCUUUGCCUAUUUGCACAGCUUGUCUCAACUUCCUGGAUAGAAAUUCUCGUCUGCUUGCAGGCUCUACUCCUACGAAGAGUUUUUCACCUGCCAUGGGUCACUGUGUCUGGGAGCACCCCUGUCUUUCGACAGAGCACAUCCCUGUUGGCAGAGCCCAUGCCUGUCUGCACAGUCUACUCCUAAUUCCAUGUGUACUUGUUAACAGAACCUGUCCCUAUUCAUGGAGCCUUUAUCUCUCUCUAGAACUCAUCCUUUUCUAAAGCCUGUCCCUGUUUGCCGAACCUGGGCUCUCUACAGAACCCAGCCCCGUUUUAAGAUCUUGCCCAUGUCUGGGGCAUCUGUGCUGGAACAUGGAGCUGAUUUCCUGGCCGGCUCCUUUCAGCACAUCCUGCCCUCUCUGAAGACACUGUCACUGUUAACAGAGGCUGUCUGUUUGCAGAGCCUGUGUGGGCUUACAAAACCUACCCCAAUCUGCCAAGUCUCUGUCUAUACAGGCUUUGUCUGCAGAGCCUGUGUCUUUUUGCAGAGCCCGGAUUGCUCUGCAGAGCUCACGAUUGCUUGCCCAGGCUGUUCCGAUCUCCUUGUUUGCAGGAUUUGAGGUUGUUUCCCAAGGCUGUCCCUGCAUGCAGAGCCUGACCAUGCCUAGAGAGCUUUUGCCUGUUUCAGAGCCUGCCUCUGUCUGGCAAGCACUUCUCUUACUGGUGAUGCUGUGUCUCUUUGCAGAGCCUUGCCUAUCUACGUGCCUGUUCAUAUCUGCAGAGCCUGUCUCUUCUGCAAAGAGUCCCUGUCUUAAGGGUUUGUCCCCAUCCACAUUUGCAAAGCCUUUCCCAAUUCUGCAAAACCCCUCCACACCUGCAGAACCUGGGACUGUCUGUAGAGCCUUUCUCAGUGUUCAUAAACUUUACCUGUUUGCCCAGCUUGUCUGAAUUUCCCUGGGUCCAGUCUGUGUCUCUUCACGUAGGUCAUCCUUACAAAGGUGGUCCCUGUCAACAGAACUCAUCUUUGUCAGGAGAACCUGUGCCUGUUGCAUCCCCUUCCUGGGUCUGAGGAAGCUGUCCCUUUUCUCUGCAGGAUGGACACCAACAGGGGCCUCCCAGCCAUCGAGAGCCACAGGGACCUCCACAUAUGGAUCACUGAGAACCUGAAGAUGGUGCCGGUCCCCGAGCGGGCUUAUGGGAACUUCUUUGAGGAGCACUGCUAUAUCGUCCUGCACGUCCCCCAGAGCCUGAAGGCCACGUCGGGGGCACCCAAAGACCUGCACUACUGGGUCGGGAAGGAGGCGGGUGUGGAGACGCAGGGUACGGCGGGCUCCUUCGUGCAGCACCUGCAGGAGGCGCUGGGUGGCGCCACCGUUCAGCACCGUGAGGCGCAGGGCCACGAAUCCGCCUGCUUUCGCAGCUACUUCCGCCCUGGAAUCAUCUACCGGAAGGGAGGCCUGGCCUCUGCCCUCAAGCACGUGGAGACCAACGUGUACAACAUCCAGCGACUGCUGCACAUCAGAGCGGGGAAGCACGUGUCAGCCAGCGAGGUGGAGCUCUCCUGGCACAGCUUUAAUAAGAGUGACAUCUUCCUGCUAGACCUGGGCAAGAUGAUGAUCCAGUGGAAUGGGCCCAAAACCAGCACUGCUGAGAAGGCGCGGGGCCUGGCCCUGACCCGCAGCCUCCAGGAGAGGGAGCGUGGUGGCCGUGCACAGAUUGGUGUGGUGGAUGAUGAGGCUGAAGCCGCUGACCUCAUGCAGAUCAUGGAAGCUGUGCUGGGCUGCAGAGUGGGCAACCUGCAUACCGCCAUGCCCAGCAAGAGUACUGACCAACUGCAAAAGGCCAACGUCCGCCUCUACCAUGUCUACGAGAAGGGCAAGGAUGUGGUGAUCCAGGAGUUGUCGACCUGCCCUCUGGCCCAAGACCUACUGCAGAAGGAGGACUGCUACAUCCUGGACCAGGGUGGUUUCAAGAUCUGCGUGUGGCAGGGACGCAUGACUAGCCUCCAGGAGAAAAAGGCUGCCUUCAGCAGGGCUCUGGGCUUCAUCCAGGCCAAGGGCUACCCGAGCUACACCAAUGUGGAGGUGGUGGACGAAGGCGCCGAGUCGGCCGCGUUCAAGCAGCUCUUCCGAUCGUGGUCUGGGGAGCAGCGCAAGAACAAGCACCUCCGCGGAAUGGGUAAAUUACUUCAGGUGAAACUGGACGUGGGCAAGCUGCACAGCCAUCCUGAGCUGGCGGCCCAGCUCAGGAUGGUGGACGACGGCUCUGGGAAGGUGGAGGUGUGGUACAUCCAGGGCUCACGCAGGCAGCCCGUGGACCCCAUGCAUCACGGACAGUUGUGCGCAGGCAACUGCUACCUUGUCCUCUACACAUACCAGAAGAUGGGCCUCGACCAGUACAUCCUGUACCUGUGGCAGGGCCUCCAGGCUACCGCACACGAGAUCAAGGCCCUGAAGGGCAACGCCGAGGAGCUGGACCUCCAGUACCACGGAGCGCUGGUGCAGGAGCACGUGACCAUGGGCAGUGAGCCCCCUCACUUCCUCGCCAUCUUCCAGGGCCAGCUGGUGAUCUUCCAGGGGAGCGCUGGGCACAACGGGAAGGGGCAGCCAGAGUCCGCCACAAGGCUCUUCCACGUACGAGGCACCGACAGCUACAACACCUGGACCCUGGAGGUGCCAGCCCGGGCCUCAGCCCUCAACUCCAACGAUAUCUUCCUGCUGGCCACAGCCAGCCUCUGCUACCUCUGGUUUGGGAAGGGCUGCAGCGGUGACCAGCGUGAGAUGGCACGGACAGUGGUCACCGUCAUCUCCAGGAAGGACAAGGAAAUGGUGCUGGAGGGUCAGGAGCCUCCCCACUUCUGGGAGGCCCUGGGGGGCCGGGCACCCUACCCCAGCAGCAAGAGGCUCCCCGAGGAUGUGUCCGACUUCCAGCCACGACUGUUUGAGUGCUCCAUCCAGACGGGCCCCCUGGUCCUCACGGAAGUGGUGUUCUUUAGCCAAGAGGACCUGGACAAGUAUGACGUCAUGUUACUGGACACCUGGGAGGAGAUUUUCCUGUGGCUGGGGGCAGCUGCGAGCGAGUGGAAGCAGGAGGCCGUGGCCUGGGGCCAGGAGUACCUGAAGACGCACCCAGCAGGGAGGAGCCUGGCCACGCCUAUCGUGCUGGUCAAGCAGGGCCACGAGCCUCCCACCUUCACUGGAUGGUUCCACACCUGGGACCCCUACAAAUGGACGAACAAUCAGUCUUAUGAGGAGGUGGUGGAGGGCGGCCUGGGAGCAGUAUCUGCCAUCUCAGAGAGAACAGCACAGGUCAGCAGCUUCCGGCUGUCCAGAUCGCCACGCAAUGGCAGGGCAGGCCCGUUGGCCCUGUGGGCCCUCAAGGGCUCCAAGGACAGCUCCGAGAACGAGCUGGAGCGGGGCCCCAAGGCGGGCAGCGGCCCCAGAUCCGUGGCCAGCAGGAGCCUGCCCCGGGAACAGCUGAGGCACCAGGCUGUUGAGGACCUGCCGGAGGGUGUGGACCCGGCCCACAAGGAGUCCUAUCUCUCAGACUCUGAUUUCCAAGAUAUCUUUGGGAAGUCCAAGGAGGAGUUCUACAGCAUGGCCAAGUGGAGGCAGCAGCAGCAGAAGAAGCAGCUUGGCUUCUUCUGAACCCCGGCCCUGCCGGCUCCAUCUACGUGGCCAAGACGCCUGCCUGCGGGCACCUCCCCUACACAUAUACGAGCCCCCUGGGGAGGCCCUCCUGGCGCACCCUGCUUGGAGACUCCCGGGUCACUAAAAUAAAAGCCUGUGGCCUUCACAAGAUGUGGUGA